UGACGGCUUAAGGAAUGACAGAUGGUGAACGGCGGUCUAAGUUAAAAAAUGUCUGUAUUAUUUCGAAGUUUAGUAAAUAAAGGCAGAAAACAUUUGUUUAAGAAAUUUUUAAACUCCACCCAAUCUACAUGCAGAUGUGUCUUUUUUCGUAAAUCUUCAGGUAGUGAAAAGAAAUUUGUGUCAUUUGAUGAAAUUGUAACCCAGAGAAGGACUGAAGCUAAGCGAAGUAUCGUCGUGCAAGUGAAUUCGGAGGCUUCAUUUAAGGAACUUUAUGGCUACUGCUCAAAGUACGCUCCCAUCAAAGAUGUACAUCAUUACAAAAAUAAUAACGACGAGCACUUCAUGCUCAUCGAAUUUGGGUCAGAGGAAAGCUUGCAUGAUGUAUUACGGUCAUGCAGCACUCAUCAGAAAGAUGUGGACAUUAUGGCACUCAACUCUCCGUUCCUAUGGUUUCGUGCAGCAAAUGGGAAAACUGAAAGCUAUGCUACCCCCACCACAGUGCUGGCAUCCAUUAAUGGAAUUGAACAAGUUGAUGAGGAUAAACUGUUUAAAGAUCUAAUGGAUUGUGAAACUGUGUCUGAUCAGAUACAGUUGUUGUAUGACAGAACUAGACUAAAUGAUUUGGGAGCCCGGCUAAGGUAUAUGGUGGCUAGGCAGAUUGAAUGUGUGCUAGAUAGUCUCUACGCAAAUGUGGCUGUGAGACCAUUUGGUUCAUCCAUAAAUGGAUUUGGGAAAAUGGGAUGUGACUUGGACCUUGUUUUGACCAAUAUGCUAACAGAUGAAAUGACAAAGGCUGGGUCGAGGCUGGUGUACCAGGACAAGCGCGUGGAGGGGUCGCGCGCGCCGUGGGCGCGGCACAUGCAGUGCGUGGCCGAGCUGCUCGAGCUGCGCGUGGCGGGCGCCGCGCGCGUCCAGCGCAUCCUCAACGCGCGCGUACCCAUCGUCAAGUUCGCGCACCACUACACCGACCUCGAGUGCGACCUCUGCUACAACAACAUGUCAGGCGUGUACAUGUCAGAGUUACUGUGGCUGUUCGGUUCCCUGGACGACAGGGUGCGGCCGCUGACAUUCGCGGUGCGGCGCUGGGCGCGGGCCGUGGGUCUCACAAACCCACACCCAGGACGAUGGAUCACCAACUUUCCUCUCACGCUGAUGGUCCUAUUCUUCCUACAGCAGAAAACUAGUGACGGUCAUAUCCUACCCACUUUGAAAAAUCUUGUCCGAAGAGCCGGCAAAGAAGACAUUAGAAUAGCAGAAGAGAAUCUCAACUGCACAUUCCUGCGGGACAUGAACAAAUUACCGUCGGAAUGCUACGCGCAGAACAAGGCUAACCUGCAGUCGCUACUACUACAGUUCUUUGAGUUCUACUCACAGUUCGACUUCCAAGACAAAGCAAUAUCUAUAAACGACGGCGCGUCCGUCAGGAAACCAAACUCCUUGCCUUUGUACAUCGUCAACCCGCUGGAGCAGGCGCUCAAUGUUAGCAGAAAUGUCAGCUUCGAAGAAUGUGAGCGACUCAAAGCGGAAGUGAGGAAUGCCGCGUGGCAGCUCGAGGCAGGCAUGGACAAACAGAAGGGCGAUGACUGGGGACUGCUCGGCCUUAUAGAGAAGAAAACUACGCGAGGGCUAAAGAAAUUACUCCGUGUGGGGAACUCUCAUAGACUAGUCUCAGUAAAGGAUUUAUUUAAUGACACAGAUGACCAAAUUUCGGGAAAUAGCUUAAAGAGUAAAGUUGAAAGAUUAAUACCCAAGACUAAUCAGGAAGUAGAAAAAGGCGUGCAAGAGAUGAAAAAUAGUUUUGCGAAAGAGAAAAAGCCACAGAAAUUGAAAUUAAAAAAUAGUGCCUUAGCUAGCGAAGUGUUCCGAAUACGGAGAGACAAAAUUAUGUGAGAUGUAUUGUACUUUGUACAUAGUGUACCAUAGAUAAUAUACAUAUUCAAGGAGACUGCCUUACCCUCUACAUUACUGUCUUUUUAUUGCAAUAUUCCAAAGCCACCAACUUUUUGUACGACCAUUCGAAAUAAUUCAAAUUCGGUACUUUUAAUGA